UAAUAGUUAUCGUUCAGUGCAUUUGGCAGACUAGGCUAGAAUUUUAUUAAAAAAUUUCGGCUAUUUAAUUUUGUAAAAUUUGUAACCAAAUAGGUUAAUCAUCUUUAAAAGAAAAUACCAUCGCAUAGGCACACAUUGCUAUUGAUAACAAAUUUCUGUGACAGAUAAGGAAAACACAUUGAGCCGAUAAAACAUGGAGGAACAUAAUACAGGAAAUACUUCGCCAGCGGCCUCUGUUGCUUCGGCCGAUAUUGCAGCUGAAUUUGCUGCCUUAACAGUUGAGGAACAGGAGAGACAAAGAGCUGAAUGGAGUCAGGAACUUGCUCGUGUAGAAGAAGAAAUUAAUACAUUACGCACUGUACUGGCAUCAAAGACACGCCAUGCUUCGGACUUGAAACGUAAAUUGGGCAUUACGGUCUGGAAAGAAAUAACUGAUGAUAUGAAUCAAGGCAUUAAAUCGGUCAAAGAGAGCUCAGUUUUUCAAACGGUAGAACAAAGUGUUGGUAAUUUUACAAAAGCAGUACAUGAUGCUCCCCUUUUUCAAACUGUUGAGCAAAGUGUUGGUAAUUUCACAAAAGCGGUACAUGACGCUCCCAUUUUUCAACGCACAGAGUCUGUGUUGAAAUCAACGUCGGAGAAGACAGCUUCAGUUUUUGGCACCAUUACCAGUGGCAUCUCCUCGAAAUUUUCGCAAAUGAAAAAUUCCGAAUCAAUGAGAUCCAUAGAAGAGAAAGUUGGCUCAGCCUAUGAGAAUGUUAAAGUAAGCUAUGAACACAACAAUUUUUUGUGCCAAUCUCAUGCGACGAAAGUAUCUACAUCUCGCUCUGGCUCAGUUAGCAGUUUCCCCGAUGCUCUCAAUGAGAAUAACUCACCAACUGGUUUGAACUCUCCUUAAAACUGUAAUGGGCUUGGAAAUAAAGAAGCUCGGUGAAAAGUUUAACAUAAGUUGAAAACAAUUUUACACAAUAUUGCAAAUGAAUAACAACAACAAAAAAACAACAACAACAAAAAGCUGAUGGAGAAUUCAAGAAAGUAAAGAGACGUCAUCGUCGGCUGAAAACGUUAAAACAUGGUUUUGCGUCAAGCCCCACUGGCGUAGCCAUUGCACCUUAAUUGCAAUAUACAUAUAUGCAUAUUUGUUUCCACUACAAAUACUAUUAACACUGAUGAUAAUAAUUUAAAAACCAAAAACAAAACCUACAGUAAAUUGUCUGCUGGCACCGACAACCUCUUUUCCCUAUUGAUGUAGACUUGAUGAUUGCGAUUGCGAAUAUUGUGUAUGAUGAUAAUUCAUUCAUUCAUUCAUUCUCUUUUAAAUGAUAGUGAAAAUGCGAUUAAUUCAUUCGUAUGUAUGUAGGCUUUAAACUAUUUUUAAUAAUUCUUCAUUAAAAUGCUUCUUAUAAAGAAUUUUAGGUUUCAAAUAAUAAAACUAAACAAAACAAUACAACAACACAAUUUACUAUAACCAACUGAAUUUUGAACCCCCUUUACAAUAACAAAGAUGUGUUUUAUAAAAGCAUAUUUUUGUUGUUGUUGUAAUGUUUAAAGCUAUUUGCAAGUAAUUUAAAAAUUUUAUGAUAUCUUUGCUAGUUAUGUGUCCUACAAUUUUUAAGUGUGCCCCGAAAAUUUUUUCUUUAAUGGGAUUGUCUCUAUUCCUACUUUUCUUUUUAUAACAUUAUCACACUUUUUCUCUGGAUAAAUAUGAUAGAAAAAAAAUGUUUUUGGAAAUUCUAUUCGUCGUGUGUUCGUUCCAUGAUCUUUUAGUACGCGCCCAUUCAAUUGCCUUCAAACCAUAACAACUUUAUGCUUUUUUUCUAUAUACCUAUAUAUAUUAUUACAUCUAUGUCUAUUUCUAAAAUAAAAAUAAAAAAUGUAUUUAUACGUAAAAA